AGUGCACUUUCCCUCCCGCAACAACAACAGCAACAGCGGUCUUAUCUGGGAUAUUAAAACACUUCCAAAUGGAUAACAGCGAGGAUGAGAUGGAAGAGGAUGAAACUGAGUGGAAUAGCAGUUUCGUGGAUUCAGUCUCCGCUGCUGCUUCUGAUCCAAGCCUCAAUAAGACACCAGGACCAACACCUGCUCACAGAGUCAUUCUGCAUUUCGACCUGGACUGCUUCUAUGCUCAGGUGGAAAUGAUUAGAAACCCUGCACUGAGAGAUGUCCCUUUAGGUAUUCAGCAGAAAUACAUCGUGGUCACCUGCAACUACGUGGCAAGAGAUCAAGGUGUCACCAAGCUGAUGUCUGUGGCUGCUGCGAAGGAGAAAUGCCCUCAGCUGGUGCUGGUGAAAGGAGAAGAUCUAACACACUACAGAGACAUGUCAUAUAAACUGACAGAGUUGCUGAUGUCUUACUGUCCACUGGUAGAGAGACUUGGAUUUGAUGAAAACUUCAUGGACAUCACAAAGAUGGUAGAGAGGAGGCUCGCGGAGACACCGGAGUUGCACAACUUUUCAUUUCAAGGACACGUCUACAACCGUCUCAGUGCAGAUGUCAAAGCAAGUGAUCAUCCAAGCUUGGCUUUAGGUUCACACAUUGCAGCAGAGCUGAGAGACGCCAUCCACAGCGAGCUGGGUCUGACCGGCUGCGCUGGCGUCGCCACGAACAAGCUACUGGCCAAACUGGUGUCGGGCGCCUUCAAACCCAAUCAGCAAACCAGCCUGCUGCCGGAGGACGUCGGCUCCAUCGUGGGCUGCCUGAGCGGUCUCCGCAAAGUACCGGGGGUUGGUCACCAAACAGCAAAGCGACUUCAAGCCCUGGGAUUGGUCAGCGUGAAAGACCUUCAGCUCUUCCCAUUGAACACCUUGGGGAAGGAGUUUGGAGGUCCCAGUGCCCGGCGCUUGAGGAAUCUGGCCCUCGGCAUUGAUGACUCGGCUGUGGUACCCAGCGGGGCCCCUCAGUCUCUCAGUGACGAAGACUCCUUCAAGAAAAUAUCAAUAGCUAAAAACGUUUCGGAAAAGAUUCAAGAGCUCCUGAGCAGUCUGGUGCAGAGGAUGCACAAAGACGGCAGGCAGCCCCAAACCUUCCGGCUGACCCUCCGUAGAUACUCAGCGACCAACAAGUGGUUCAGCCGGGAGAGCCGACAGUGUCCGAUGCCCAACCACGUGGGACAAAAGGUCACCUCCGACGGCGCUGAUGAAGCUGUGGUCCAGCUGGUCCCAUUGGCCAUGAAGCUCUUCCACAAGAUGGUGGACUGCAGCGCCGCCUUCCACCUCACCCUCAUCAACGUCUGCUUCAGCAACCUGCGGACCGGGGGGGCUGCCGUCGGCGGAAAGGGCUCCAUCACAUCUUUCUUCACACACAGCACGUCACAAAGCCAGGACACUUCCUCGGAUCAUCAGUCGAGCGCACGCGGCGUGAUGACUCGAUGUACCCCGCCUCAAAAGACAGUCCCCACAGAAACCCCCCGUCACUCCAGGGCAGAAUUUCAUGGGUUGAGUAGAACACAGAGGCCUGCUGUCGCUGUAAAGAAACCUCCGCUUCAGAUGGAUUCCGGCAGCACAACGAGGUCAGACCCAAAAAUCACGGAGAUGCAUCGACUGCCCCCAGAUGUCGACCCUGAAGUGUUCCGGCUUCUCCCUGAGGAACUCCAGAAGGAGCUGUCGUCUCCCGCCUUCGCAAACUCUCGCCCCGGUCUUUCAACGAGCUCACCGGCUGUCGUCUGUGUCCCCGACAUAACGAUAAACGGGUCGCCACGGUCGGUUGGCGAAUCGCAAAAUAUCAAAGACGAUAAAGGGGCCGAAGCGAAAUCGAGGACUGCCGUGACUCGGAGGCCCGAGGGCUCGAGCGCAUUUCUGGGAGAAGACGUCACGGAAGGAGGGAGGACGCCAUUUCCUCGAUCUUCUGACGGCGAGUUCCCGGGAGAUGUGGACCCGACGGUGUUUUCUGAGCUUCCGCCAGACGUUCAGAGGGAGUUGAUGUCUGGAUGGAGGCAACAGAAAGCCGUCCUGAAGACGCCGUCGUCCAGGAAACCAGGGAGAAGAAGCUCGGUGGCCAAAGUCCGAAAGGCUGUGGGGAAAGGCGCUCAGGCAAAUGAUCUGUUAAAGUAUUUCAAACCCUGAGCGAAGGACAAUCUCCUUUGUCUCGUUCUCAGGUGAUGUGUGUGUCUACAGAAUAAACACAUUCCUGAACUGUACAGUAGUGCUGGAGCAAGACACAAUUUGGGGCUAUUUUGGUGACACUACGACAAAUAAAAUUGACUUAAAAGGUAAUUACACAUAUAUUGAGGACCACAGGUAUCAGGGAAAUUAUUUCUGAUGUAUCACUUACAAAUACAGCAACAUUAUUUACGAUCACAUUUAGGGAAGAGUCUGAAAGAUCAUUCCGAACAUAACACAAUUGCAUUGCAAAAAAAGAGAAAGAAAUGGUUAUAAUUAGAUUUACACCAGCAUCAAGUAACUCAGUUAGUUAAUUGAUCAAUGUUUUUUGUAAUUUUUGGGAUGGAACAAUAAUUCCAUUGUCUAUUAACGUUGAGCUAAAAUUGUUAUUUUUUUGUUCCUUGUUGAUCAAUAUCCCUGACAAUCCCGACAAAAGCAGAGAAAUGUUUGAGCUCGACCAAAAAAACCUGAAAUUUUAAAAACAGAAUAUAAUGGUCCAUACAAUAAAAUGUUUUUUAAAAAUGCAACAAUUUUUAAUAAAGUAUUUGCGUUUCUCUUUU